CAGGACACAUGUUAUAGACAUCAGACUGAGACAAGGCAUCAACGAACUGAGGUAAAAUGGUCGGUCAUCAAUGGUUCAAUAAUUCAAACUCCGGCUCAAUCUCAGUGACUUCAGCCAAGCAGGAUCAGGAAAAAUCUUUACCAUGCCUGGGUACCAGACCAAAAGUGAUACGUCACCGCUUAUGUCCAGUGGUCGGUCUCUCAUCACUCUGCUUGCUGCUCCUCGUGACCUGUGUAGCACUCUCUGUAUUGCAUAACAAUGAGUCAGGCAGCAAGCCAAAAUGGAAAAGUCUCCUUUUUGACUACCAGAACAUGAGUGACACAUACCUCAGCCUAACUGCAGCAAACAAUGACCUGAGAAGAGACAAUGAACUCCUGAAGGAGCAGAGCGCCUGGCUGCACGAACAAACCAAAUCCCUCAACAGAACUUCAGCUAAUCUGAUGUCUGGUAAUAUCGCUUUGAGUUUGGAAAGCAGCCAUUUUAAGGAGCAGAUUGUGAAUCUAACAUCCACAAAUUCACAACAAGCAGAAGAACACUUGCGGUUGGUGCAGUACACAUCUGAUCUUAAGGGGAAUAAACUAAACAUGUCUCAAACUAUCACACUUCUGAUAGACUCCAACACUCAGCAAAAGGAGGAGGGACACAGACUCUUUCAGAUGAACAGCCUUCUGAGGGAAGAGCUUGCUCAAUUAAAGGAUAAUACUCAAGAAAUUCUGGAAAUAAACAACAACUUUGAAAGGGAAGUUAAGAAUCUGAGUGAGCAGAUUGGAGCUUUGAUGAACGACGACUGUGAGAAGGCAUCAAAAGACAACAUGCAGCUCCUGGAGAGAUCAACUGAGCUUCAAGAACAAAACAAGAACCUGAGCACAGUGUUGAUGAAAGAAAGGCAGGAAGCUGCAAUGCAAGAGGAAACCAGGCAAGACGAGAUGGAGCGAAUGAUGGUGGACAUGCAUUCAAUAAAUGAGGCUUUCCACUCCCUUGACCUCUACUGCCCUGUGGCAAAUCACGAUACAAAAGAACGAAUUUGCAAAAAGUGUCAGGAGAGCUGGAGACUGUUUGAGACCAAAUGCUACUACAUCUCCUCCCGCAUGCUCACCUGGAGUUCCAGCAGAGACUGGUGCCAGACACAGGGGGGUGACCUGCUCAUCAUUAACAGUGGACCAGAACAGAGUUUUGUUUCGGAAAGCAGCAAGACUCUGGAGCCGAGCAGCAGCCGGCUGUGGAUGGGUCUGACAGACGCAGAGGAGGAGGGGGUGUGGAGAUGGGUGGAUGGCAGCCUGGUUACUUCAGAUGAGCAGUACUGGCUGAGCAGAGAGGGGCUGGAGGCUGAGCCUGAUGACUGGAAGCUGGAAGACCCUCUGGGAGAAGACUGUGGACACAUGGACAACACUGAAGACAAACUGCACUCCUGGAUGGAUGGUUCCUGUAAGACACCUUAUAGAUGGAUCUGUGAAAAGAACACUUUUGUUUUCUAAUUUCAUACUUAAAAUGUUUAUAUGAAUGAAAAAAAAUACUAUAUCUAUUGAACGUACAUUCUGCUAUUCUACCACCUUUGAUAGGUGGUAGAAUAUGUUGUCUUUCAAAAAUAAAACAAUUAUCAGUAUCCAGAGUCCAGU